CCACAUCCCUCACAACAACUGCACGAGUGUCGCCUCGUUUUGAGGUCUCGUUUGCUGCCUCAAACCACUCUCGCAGCCAUGCUCCAACCUCGGAUACGGCCGUCACAAUGCCGCUCAUUCAUCACCUCCUUGAGACGAACAUAUGCAACACCGGUCCCAAAGACGCCCGUACAGGCAGCCACCACAACUCAGGACACAUCCGCCUUCACACCUUCGCGAGCGCCGACGAGAAAGCAGACCGGCUUCCAAUUGAAGACUUACACCCCACGGACUCCCGGUACCCGACAUCUCAGACGACCCAUCAAUGACCAUCUCUGGAAAGGCGGGCCGUACAAGAAGUUGACAUUCCCGAAAAUCGGUCAUGGAAAGGGUGGACGGAACAACUCAGGCCGUGUGACGAUGAGACAUCGUGGAGGUGGACACCGACGAAGAAUAAGGACGGUGGAUUAUGUUCGAUCAGAGCCUGGAAAGCAUUUGGUGGAGCGCAUCGAGUACGACCCUAAUCGAUCUGCUCAUCUGGCGCUGGUUGAGAACAUGGAGACCAAAAAGAAGAGCUACAUCAUUGCUGCAGAGGGAAUGCGUGCAGGAGAUGUGGUCGAGUCAUUUCGCUCAGGAAUCCCAAAAGAGCUAUUGGAGAGCAUGGGUGGUGUGGUAGAUCCGGGUAUUCUUGCCGCCAAGACUGCGUUCAGAGGGAACUGCUUGCCGAUGCAGAUGGUGCCGCUAGGCACUCAAGUGUACUGUGUUGGAUCGGCGGCGGUUCGAGGAGCCGUGUUCUGUCGCAGUGCAGGUACACACGCCACUGUCAUUGCAAAGGAAGAGAAGGGAAAGAGCGUGGCUGAUGUCACUGUCAGACUCCAGAGUGGGGAGGUGCGGAAAGUGCACAGAGACGCAUGUGCUACUAUUGGCGUUGCCAGCAACCCUCAUUGGCACUUCAGACAAUUGGGCAAGGCUGGUCGAAGCAGGUGGCUGAAUAUCCGACCUACAGUCCGUGGUGUGGCCAUGAACGCGGUCGAUCACCCUCACGGUGGUGGUCGUGGUAAGAGUAAGGGUAACGUGCACCCCGUGUCGAUCUGGGGCACUCCAGCCAAAGGAGGGUUCAAGACGAGGAAAAAGCGCAACCCAAACAAGCACGUGGUCCAGGAGAGAGUGCGCAACCAAGGCAAGCGGAGAGCGAAGAACUAGUCCAAGUUCACUGUUUGAUUAUGUACAAAUGUAUGCAUGGCGGCGGAACGCCUUACCACG